AUGCUGCAGAUACUAGACAACAUUACAGCGGAUUGCGGCGGAGAAAUUCACGCCAUUGAAAACUGCUCUGUGUCACCGCGUUACAAUUCCGCGGACCUAGCCAGCCGAGGCGUUUCGCUGCGGGAGCUGGUUCAUAGCCAACUCUGCCCGGUAGCCAACCUGUUUCCAUUCCUAGAUCAGCACGGCCUGUUAAGGGCAAGUGGUCGCAUUACUGCCUCAACAGCCCUUCAGUAUGACGAGCGCCAUCCUAUUAUACUGCAAUACAACUGUAGGCUUUCCCGUCUGCUCGUCCUUUUUUCACACCAAAUUUCCCUGCAUGGCGGCAACCAACUAGUGGUACGCCUCAUUCGAUCAACUUAUUGGAUUCCUAAAAUCAAGAAUCUGGUAAAAGCUGUGCUGAACUCCUCGCCCAAACUCUGGACGACAGACGUUCCCGAGGUACCGAUCCUACCGCUGCCGAGUCUGUCGGGGAAUCCAUCCGCUACGGAAGUGCCACCGGUUUCUGAGGCUCAGCACUGA